AUCCAUCCCAUAUACUCCCGCUUUCCCUUCUUAAUACCCUGUAGACACUUUCUCAAGAUGGCUUCUGGUUUCGGUUACUCUGGCGGUCGAACAAGAUGUUUUCCCUUCUGGCAAGAGUUCUCUAAGUGCUACGCCAAUGCUGAGAAGCCUUCCGACUGCGUUGCCCCCAAAGAUGACUACAUGGAGUGUUUGCACAACACCAAGGAGAUUGCCCGAGCCAAGCAAGUCAAGUCCCACUUCGUCCAAAAAGAACUGCAGGAGAGCCACGACUCUCGCAAGGCCGCAGAGAAGGCUGCGACAGGGGUGAUCGUUUCCUUGGGGUUAGUCGAAGAGGAAGGAAAGUAGCGGAUGUAGCAUCAUGCAUUUGGAGAGUUUAGAGAAUUGA